GCGCGGCUCGGGCGCCCUCUGGCGGUCACGGGGCCCCGCGUGUCCUCGCCGCUGCGCCAGGCCCGGGGCUCGAUCUCUGCCCUCCGCAGGGGUGCGCGCGAUCGACCAUGGGGCCCCUGAGCCGCGAGGCUUGGGCCCAGCGCCUGGUGGCCUUCCGGGCCAGCCCUUCCGCCUUCCUGGCGGGUGCCGACGGUGAGGAUUUGGGUCGUGACCUGCUGAGUGACCUGAGGAGUGAGAAGCUGAGCGAGCAAAGCAAGGUUUCUUUGCUGGCCCUGAGCUUGGAAUACCCAGCCGAGCUGUGGCCUGACGCUGCUGCAGCCGAAGCGGCCGCCACCUCUUUGUUGGACACCCUGCUCCUUCUACCCCCACGGCCCUCAGCUCUCCGGAAGCCGCUGCUGCUGGCGGCCACCACCCUGCUGGUGACAGGAGGUGCGCUGGGCCCCACCUCGGCAGCCUCCUGCCGGCUCCUGCCUCUGCUGCUAGGCCUCGCCUCCGGCCGGGAUGUGGGGCGAGGCUUUGGCCCCAUCUCGGAACAGCGCCCCCUGCAGGCCACAGCGUGCGAGUGCCUGCGCGAACUGGAGAGCUGCAAGCCUGGGCUGCUGGGGGGCUCCCUGGGGGUGCUCAGGAGUCGGCUGGGACAGGAGGGCCCCAUUCAGCCGCUCAGCCUGUUGCUGGCACUUUCUCUGCGGGACACCUUGGUGGUACAGUCCAGGUCUGGGGCUGGCCUGCAGGGCUUGCUUGUGUCUGGGGUCUCCACUGGAGGUGGUCCCUGGAACUGGACCCUAGCUAAAGAAGGUGGUGCCUGCCUUCUGCCCCAGGCACCCAGCUGGCCCGCCACUGAGGAGGGGGAGCAUGGCCUUGCAGUGCUAGAACUCAGUCCUGAGGAGGCUCGGGAGCUGAGGGCUGUUGUGGCCCAACUUCUGGACGCCUCCUAUCUGCUCACUCCUGUGGCCCAGGCCCAGCUUCUGUGGCUGCUAGGUUGGGCCCUGCGAGGUCUGCGGGGACAGCCACCAGCGCUCUUCAAACCCCAGCUGGUACGGCUCCUGGGCACAGCACAGCUGACACUGCUGCAUGCUGUUCUUGCUCUCAAAGCAGCCUUCGGGGAGGCACUGUUCACUGCUCAGGAUGAGGCCCUGCUGCUCCACCGGCUUGCCUUGGCCGCUCAGCAUCCGUCCCUGCCCCUGCCUACCCACCUCUUUUACUUGCAUUGCCUCCUGAGAUUCCCUGAGAAUUGGCCACUGGGCCCUGAAGGGGAGGAGGCUGCCCCGUUGCUGCUGGGGCCCCAGCUGUGCCGUAGCCUCAUGCCCAGUCUCCUGCAUGACCCCAUGGCCCUGCUGGCCCGCCUGCAUUUGCUGUGCCUGCUGUGUGCUGAAGAGGAGGAGGCCGACCAAGGCCAACUUCAGAGCCCGCGGCGGUACCUGGAGGAGCUGCUGGCUGGCUUGCGACAGAGGGCGGCCCUGGAUGGCAGUCCCCGGACCUCGGCCACUCUCUGCUUCCAGGCUUCAUACCUGGUUGCCAGCUGCCUGGCUGGGCAAACAAAAGCGCUCACACCCUUGAUUCACGGGUUGGCCCAGCUGUACCGAGCUCGGCCCAUGCUGGCCCCCCACCUUGUGGACUUCUUGGAUCAGGUGGGUCCCGAGCUGGGAGAGCCCCUCAAGAGGGUACUGCAGCAGGAGGUGGUAUCCACGCCUGGCAGGAAUGAAGCUCUUCGCUGGCACCUGCAAAUACUGGCAAAAGUAGCAGAGGGGGAUGCCCAGAGUGCCACGCUCAGCUUUCUGCAGGAUGCCGCUGCCCACUGCACAGACUGGAGCCUGCAGCAAGCCCUGCUGCGGGUGUGCCGGGCUCUGUUGCAGGCAAGUGGAGGAAGAGGCCUGGCCGACUUGCUGCAGGUGCUGGCCAGGCAGCUGGAGGACCCUGACGGGCGGGACCAUGCCCGCCUCUACUACAUCCUCCUGGCUCAUCUGGCAGGGCCCAAGUUAGGGGCAGCCCUGGGCCCCUCACUUGCAGCGCCUGCACUGGCCUCUUCCCUGGUGGCUGAGAACCAGGGCUUUGCUGUGAUGCUGAUGGUGCAGGAGACCCCAGCUCCCAUUCGGCUGAGUGUGGGGCCCCGGAUGGCCAAAGGCCCAUUACCAGUCUUGCAGCUUCACAUAGAGGCCCUGGAGCCCGUCUACUCUCUGGAGCUGCGCUUCCGCGUAGAAGGACAGCUCUAUGCACCCUUGGGGGCCAUCCAUGUGCCCUACCUGUGUCCUGGCCGCCCUGCCCACCCUCUAUUCCUGCCCCUGCAGCCUCGAAGGCCAGCACCUGCACAGCUGGAGGUCCAAGCCCUUUUCAGCACACCUGCUGGUCUCACAUGCCACUCCCCCCUGCCGCCCCUGUCUGUGAACUUCGAAGACCUCUUUUUGCCUUUCCCGCCGCCCCCAGAUGGGGCAGAACAAGGCUUCUUUGAGGGGCUCUGGGACUCCUGCCUGCCAAAGGGUGCCGAGAGUCGUGUGUGGUGUCCACUUGCGCCACAAGGGCUGGAGACCUUGGUGUCUCGCAACCUGGAGCCCUUCGUGGUAGUGGCCCAGCCCCCCACCAGCUACCACAUAGCCAUUCGCCUGCCGCCAGCCUCCACACUCCUGCUGCGGCUCGAGGCGGCCCAGAUGGACGGGGUGCCGGUAGCCCUGCGGACGGAUGACUGGGCCGUGCUGCGUCUGGCGGGGGACUAUGUCCGCAGGCUGGCGGGCCCUGAGUGAGCCCUGGGAAGCCAGGUGGGAGCAGGACAGUGGCCCUUGUGGGAGCUGCCAAGGGCAGGAACGCACACCUGUGCAGUAGCUCCUCUCCUAUAAAAACCCACAGUCACCGAUCACCCUCA